AUGACCUCGAUGGGUGAUGAGAAGGACCCGGCUUAUCCCGAUAACCCGAUUGCGCAGCAACGACCACCGGCGGCCCUGCCUUUGGCCGAAAGUCUCCGGUUCCCCAUGCCUUACAUAAUCAACCGAGAGUGGGGUACUCUCAGUUCCGAGCCGAAAUCGUCGGUCGUCGACUACCGCCCAGAUUCUCAGCGUGCCAUCGUCACUGGUGCAGCAGCGGCAGCACGCACUCGUUCAGCCCCCAAAGGCCCUUGCAUCGUCCGCAGCGGGAGCAUGUUGAUAGGACGAGUAGGGCAACAUGGCGGGGAUCCCGGCCCCGCUCCGCUGCAGCAUGUCAUCACAACACAAGACGGCCCGUUGGGAAUUGCUCUCGAGUUUGCAGAAGCACCCGUUCCCCCCUCUUCGCCGCCGCCGCCGCCCACGGGGUCGGAGAGCUUAGCUUCCCUGGAGGAACCCGUUGCCACGGACUCGCCGCCGUUCACAGCCUUCCUCUCAUGCCCACAUUGA